AUGGAGCAGGGUAUUUCGCCGAUUGUAACUGCCGGACUGAUUAUGCAGCUGCUGGCCGGAGCAAAGUUCAUCGAAGUUGGUGACACCACGAAGGAUUGGGCGCUGUUUAACGGAGACCAGAAGAUGUUCGGACUUCGGAAAAUGGAAGAAUCACGUCAAAUUCCCCCAUUCCGUUGUGAAUCAAUCGAGAAGGGCAAACUUUCUCGAGAGUGGGAAACGUGGAAGUGGUCUUUGGAGUGCUAUUUCGAAGCGUAUAGCGUCAGCGAUCAGAAAAUAAAGCGAGCCAAACUGCUCCACUUGGGAGGAAUAGAACUGCAGAGAAUUUUUCGAAGUCUUCCCGAGCAUGAUAAAACACCUCUGGUAGCAUUGGAGCCCAAGGUGUAUGAUUUUGCCAUUGAGUUGCUUGAUACAUACUUCCAAGCUGGCAGACAAGAUGUGAUUGAACGCCGUAAGCUCCGAAAAUUGAAGCAAGAAUCCAAUGAAAAGUUUUCUCACUAUGUCAUCCGGUUGAGACAACAGGCACUGAACUGUGGUUUCGAGAAGUAUGGAACAGAAGUCACCGAAAUCUUGAAGGAAAUUUAUCUGGUCGAUGUCAUAGUGGAGAAUUGCCGUUCAGAUGAUCUUCGAAAGGCCAUUCUCAAACGCGAUCGAUCGAUCAGAGAAAUCGAGGAAAUAGCAGCGACAAUUGAGGAUACGGAUCAGCAAAUGAAGGAGUUGAAGGAGCACACCAAUACAUCCCGAGAAAUAGCAGUUUAUGAAGUCAACCGACCAAAUCAGGCAAGACCUCCGGUGCGCAGAAACUCAACAGCAGAUCGUAGAACACACCGUGGGCAGCUGUUCGGGGUUACAUCCAGGCGUGAAGUUGCUACCAAACCGACGGCGUUCAAAGGCUCGAAAUCAUCUUGUUUUGCAUGUGGGCAGUUCGGGCAUUUGGCAAAUUCACCGGAUUGUCCAGCACGUGGUCGUAUAUGUCGUCGUUGUCGUGAAUUGGGUCACUUCGAAACUGUUUGCAGGAAGCAAAAACAGAGAUCAGAAGCUGUGAGGAGACCAAGGAAGAUCUACAACAUCGAUAAAUCGUCAGCAGCAGAGCAAGAGGAGGAAGAUAAGGAUAAGCGUGAUGAUUCUCCGGAGCCGAAAAAGGUGUAUUAUGCGUUCUAUGGAGGAAACCAAACAAAUCUUUUGGACGGAGUUAUUGGAGGAAUCGCGGUGAAGGUUUUGAUUGAUUCGGGAGCAGAUGCAAAUUUGAUUCGGCUGGAAACGUGGAAAAUGAUGAAAGAGAGGAAGGUCAUUGUAGUAACGUCGACGAAAGGGUCAUCACGAGUUUUGAAAGGAUAUGGAAGCGAUACACCAUUGGACGUGGUAGGCACAUUCGAGGCCGAAGUUUCUAUCGGGCGUAGGACUACAGUGGCGGAAUUCUUCGUUGUCAAUGGCGGACAGAAAGACAUUUUGGGAGACGCGACUGCUAAGAAGCUGGGUGUGCUGAAAGUUGGAAUCGAAGUUAACAACGUCGACAAAGAAAUGAAACCGUUCAGUAAAAUCAAGGGUGUCAAGGCGCAGAUAAGAAUGAUGGCAGAUGCUCGGCCUGUCUUUCAGCCAGUUCGUCGUGUGCCGAUUCCAAUGGAGGAUGCAGUAAACCGGAAGCUGGAUCAAUUAUUGCAACGAGAUAUCAUUGAAGUGAAACAAGGACCGGCAACAUGGGUUUCUCCGCUGGUAAUCGUUGGGAAAACUUCAGGCGAACCCCGAAUUUGUUUAGAUCUACGACGAGUGAAUGAAGCGGUAGUUCGAGAACAUUUUCCUAUGCCGGUAGUGGAUGAGUAUCUAGCAAGACUCGGAAGAGGAAAAAUCUGGAGCAAGCUGGAUAUUCGUGAAGCAUUUCAUCAGAUUGAGCUGGACGAUGAUUCGAGGGACGUGACAACAUUCAUCACGAAUAAAGGAUUGUUCCGGUUCAAACGGCUUCCGUUCGGACUCGUGACUGCCCCUGAAAUAUUUCAAAGAAUAAUGGAGGAGAUUUUGUCAGGUUGUGAAGGUACAUACUGGUACCUAGAUGAUGUGAUGGUAGAAGGUGAGACGAAGGAAAUCCACGAUAAAAACUUGAAGAAGGUAUUGUAA